AUGCCAGAAGUCGGCGAAGGGCGCGGCACCGUUCGCACGCAGCGGCUGGAAAAGCAGGCGUUUCUCGGCCUGAAGCUCGUCGAAACCAUUUGCUGCCUGAUUUGCGCCGCCACGCACGUCCGAGGCUUCCUGCACCACCAGGAGCCGUUCCCGCACGAGAUGCUGUUCUGCGGUCUGUACGCCAGCUACUUCCUGAUCUCGUUCUACGCGUUCCUGUUCCUGUACAAGGGCUGCUGCGCGCUGAGCUACGCGGUCGAGGCGGUGCUCUCCGGCGUCGGCUUCCUGCUGUUCGUGGUGUCCGCGUUCGUGUCGAUGUACCACGCCGAGCAGGACAUCCAUCUUCAGUACCUGUCGGACGAGGAGGAAUGGUACCACCAGUUUUUCGCCGACUGCCGGCUGCAGAGUCUCGCCGCAACGAUUACGGCGCAAGUGUUCCUGGUCCACUGCUCGCUGGCGCUCGAUCUGGCCGGGCUGCUUGAUCGAUGGUUCGGGCGGUUGGGUUCGCGCACGUCGGUGGUGGGUGAGGGGGUGGCGGGCCCGUUGGACGAGCAGGCCUGCGGAAGGCUCCAAAUUAAUCCAUUCUGGAUGCCGGUGUGGAAAGCGGUCUGGGUGCGAUUGCCCUGUGAAUGUGCGAAAGAUGAAGCGGACGAAUGA